CCUAUGUAGUAACAGCUCGCCAACUCCAAUAUCCGGGGCUGGUAUUGGUACUACCAUUCGUCUCAUGUCCCCCCUGGCUUAAAAAGCUAUAAAUCGCUGGGUGGAAUUUGAGUUGCGGGACUUUGGAGAUUAUUUCCAUUGUGAAUGUAGAAACGGGUCAAAGGUUGCGGUUGAAACAUUUUUAUCUUAUAGCUAAAACACUCAGCGGGGAGAUAAUCUCACUUCAAUGGCUACUCCAAGACCCAGAACAUCCUACGAUCUCUACAGAGAUGUCAUAUACACACCUAUGGUGGAUGAUAGGCCACCUCUGAGUACAGACAUCCCUUCACCUGAAAGACAGUUGCGACCUUUGACAUCGCGACAUUCCUUCACAAGGGAGUCUCGACAGAGUAGACCCAAAACGAGGGCAGCUACACCUGCUUUAGGAGAGCAGCCUUUGGAUUCAGAUAUACAGUACAUAUCGUCUAGAGAGAAAGCAGACAAAGAAGACAAGAACCCGUUCACCCAGCCGAUGGACCCAAUCAACAGACAAUAUUACUACAAACUGUGGAGGAGGAGUCCUCCCAGACUUCAACAGCCUGUAUUUCGAGAAGGCCGAGUUGGUGCAGGUUGGCGGCAUGUCAAGGCGUGUAAUGUUAGCACUGGAAACUAUUUAUGUUUUAUUGAUGGGACAGUGAAGGCCGAGGAGAAUUAUUUCUAUCCACCGGAAGUCAUGUAUGAGCCUCUGAAGCUGCCCAAGUUCGUACCACCAGUGAAGUUCAAGGACACACUAGUACAAGUUCCCGUCACCUACAGGGGGAACACAUCAGAAUCUCAUCUCGGCCAACGGACUCUACCAGGAUGCGAAACUUGGCGACGCCCAAAACAGUAUGUAGACAGCUAUGAUGUCUGGUGGACUAGACAUUAACUUCUUUCACUGGAUGGUGAUGAAACUUCAUAUAAUUACCAAUACCACUGGCCUACAUGGAUCUGACUUGUACAUUUUUAUACAAACAGUAUUAUUAGUUGCUUUUUUUUUUUUUUUGGUUCAAAAUAAAGAUUUGUGAACAAUCUUUUUCAAAGCAGUGUAGAUUUUUCAAAUAUAUAUUUUAUAUGUAUCAGUGCAAUCUUGAUUUAAAUUUAUACUAGUGUCAGUAUUUGUAUUACAUGUAACUUCUUUUAUAUAAAACAAUAGGUCUGUAUUGUUGACACUUACUAACUUCUAAAAAUAUUCAGUACUUAUUGAACCAUCUGAAUCCAGGUAGGAUAGAGUUGUGUUGUGAUAUGAAAUUUGAUUCAAUUCUAGAGAAAUUACUAAUAGUAAUAUGUUUUGAAUACACAUUUUCUAUACUAGUCCAAAACCAGAGAUUGGCUUGAUUGUGUGUGCAUGUUACUGUUUGACAUAUAUGUGUUUUAUAAUGUACUGCAUCAAUUCAAACUACACAAGUCAGGCCUAUACCAAAUUCAUUCAACAAACUAGUGUUGGGUAUCCUUUAUAACACUUUUAUUUGGUACAAAACAAACAGGAACCAAGUCACGUAAUCAGUACAAGUGAUACACUUCCAUGAACCAAGUCACAUCAUCAAUACAAGUGAUACACUUCCAUCAACCAAGUCACAUCAUCAGUACAAGUGAUACACUUCCAUGAACCAAGUCAUAUGUCAUCAGUACAAGUGAUACACUUCCAUGAACCAAGUCAUGUCAUGAAUAAAAAUGAACCACUUACAUAAAUCAUUUGGUCAAAUCAAUGAAAUAUACUACAAUGAAAAAAAGAAAACAUUGUUCAGUUAAACCAAAACACUGAAAUAUAUACACAAAUACUUUUCCCAAUCAGCCUGAAGCUUUAGAGUUUUGUACUCUUAAAAGUGACCAUGUAUUCUUAAAAUGUUUUAAAAGAAAAAUUAUUUACAUACAAAAAUUAUUUGUAUAGCAAAAGAUGUUCUUACUAUAGACAUUUUUAAGAUGCUAGACAACAAUGUAUCAACUAAUGGUCAGAUUUUUAUUUUGCUGUAGCCAAUGGAUUUCGGAGCACUAAAAUAACUGAGUCCCCUCUUAAAAACAUUUUAGAUAUAAAACGAUCCUUAUUCACAGGCUUUGACUUUUUUUUGCCCUUUCCAGCCUUGGGUUGUUCUGUCCACAUCUCCUUGACAUUUUCUAGCACCAUGUUACAGUGUCUGAUAAAGAAGAAAAAAAAAGUUUAUGAAAUAGAAGAAAGAAAAAAAUUCAUGACACUGGAUAUUAAAGAUAAAUUUGAUAAUGCUGAACUGCUAUACAAGCAGCAUUUUUUGGCACUAGAAGAUAAUUUCUAAAAAAAAAAUACAUUUUUAUAAUAAAUUUUUCCUUUCUUGCUAUACUAUAUAUUCUCACCCCUCACCCCCACAGACACACACAAACAAAAUUAAUAAUGGUUUUGACUACUUCAUAAAUACAUAUAGUGCAAAUGGGUAUGCUCUCUCUUCCCCCAGAAUGGCAUCAGUCAGUUUUCUUUUUUUUAUUUCAUUAUUUAGUUGGAGAUACAUAUUGAAUAAAAAAUUAUUCUUUUAAUUAAACAAACGAUUGCAUCAAUU